UGAGGGUUUGUGUUGUGUGCCUGUGUGUCUGUGUGUGCGAGAGGUUGGAGAGUUUUUUAUUGACAUGAUCAGCAAGUGGUUGGGUUACUGAUUACAUGCGAUGUUAUAGUUUGGUUGAGAUAAGGCUUUAAGCACAAAGUCCUGCCGAGUACCUGGAGUCGUCAGCUGCUUUACCACAUCCACCCCAUCCCUCAGAGGACCGCUGCUGCCUCUCAGGUGCCGGUGCAGUGUGUGUGUCUUUUUUCUGCUUUCUUGGCAUCUGUUGAGCACACAGCAGCAUCAUGAGCAUAGAGGCCCAAAAAACACGUGCAGCGUUCUGCUCCAACCUCAAGCUCUUCCUGGCCUCAUUGGCAUCUGUAUACUUCGCCAAAGCCUUUGGUGGAGCCUACAUGAAGAGCUCCAUCACCCAGAUCGAGAGACGCUUUGACAUCCCCAGCUCCCUCAUUGGGGUCAUUGAUGGCAGCUUCGAAAUGGGUAACCUCUUGGUGAUCGCCUUCGUGAGCUACUUCGGCGCUAAGCUCCACCGUCCCCGGCUGAUUGCUAUCGGCUGUGUGAUCAUGGCUGCUGGAUCUUACCUCAUGGCCCUGCCUCACUUCUUCCAGGGACUGUACAAGUAUGAGACCAGCGUGUCUCACGCCACAAAUACCAACAGCACUGAGAGCCUCCUGCCCUGCCUGUCCAACCACAGCCUGGCAGAUGAGACGCCUGAUUUAGAGGCCAUAACGGCUUGUGAAAAGGCGUCCGGCUCGUCUCUGUGGAUCUACGUCUUCUUGGGAAACAUGCUGCGUGGCAUUGGAGAGACUCCCAUCAUGCCUCUGGGUGUGUCCUACCUCGACGACUUCUCCAAAGAAGAGAACACUCCUUUCUAUUUGGCCUGCAUCCAUACAGUGGGAAUUUUAGGCCCUAUGUUUGGGUUCAUGCUCGGGUCCUACCUGGCCAAGGUCUACGUGGACAUCGGGUCUGUGGAUUUAGACAGCAUCACCAUCAACUAUAAGGACUCCCGCUGGGUGGGGGCCUGGUGGCUGGGCUUCAUAGUGACUGGCACCGUGAUCCUGCUGGCCAGUAUCCCGUUCUGGUUCUUGCCCAAGUCUUUGCCCAAACAGGGGCAAGAGCAGAGCCACAGUACGGGCACCGAGCUCGCCACAACAGCGGAGCAGGAGAAUUUCCUCGGAGACGAAAACCAGGAUCAGGAGGAGAAGCCAGUUUCCUUAAAGGAGCUGGCUAAAGAUUUUGUGCCGUCCCUGAGGAGGCUCUUCAAGAACAGCAUCUUCACGAUGAUGGUCCUCACGUACCUGGUUUCCGUCAACGGCUUCAUUGGCAUGAUCACCUUCAAGCCAAAGUACAUGGAGCAAGCCUUCGGCCAAUCGGCCUCCAGGGCCAUUUUACUCAUAGGCAUACUGAACCUGCCAGCAGUAGCUUUGGGAAUCAUCACCGGAGGCCUCAUCCUGAAGCGCUUCAAGCUGGGUGUCAUCGGAGCAGCCAGGGUGUCAAUCGCCGCCUCCGUCGGGUCCUUGUGUCUGCUCUUCAUCCAGAUCUUCAUCUCUUGUGAUAUGGCCGAGGUGGCAGGUCUGACUGUGUCCUAUCAAGGGGAUUCUCAGGUGUCCUACAGCCAGCAGACCUUGCUGUCCCAGUGCAACAUGGGCUGCUCCUGCUCAGUGAAGCAUUGGGACCCAGUGUGCGCCCACAACGGGGUAACGUACGCCUCGCCUUGCCUGGCUGGCUGCCAAACCUCCACCGGCAUCGGCAAGGACAUGAUGUUUCAUAACUGUACCUGCGUUGGAGAGACGAUGACUCCGGCCAUCAACAUGUCUGCAGAGCUGGGCCAGUGCCCCAGGGGGAACAACUGUGAAAACAUAUUCAAAAUCUACAUGGCUUUGUCCGUUUUGGGGUCUUUCAUUUCUGCCUGUGGGGGUACGCCGGGAUACAUCGUACUGCUCAGGUCCAUACAGAAAGACCUGAAGUCACUGGCUUUGGGUAUGCAGACACUAAUAGUGAGAACUUUGGGUGGGAUACCUCCUCCAAUAUAUUUCGGAGCACUGAUUGACCGAACCUGCUUGAAGUGGGGCACCAAGCAGUGUGGAGGCCGGGGAGCAUGCCGCUUCUAUGAUGCUGAUAAGUUCAGAAUGACAUUCUUGGGCUUGAUCACGGGACUCUACUUCCUAUCCAACCUGCUCUGGGGAGGCCUCUAUUUCAUAAUUGUCAAGAGACACAAGAAGUUAGCGCUGAGGGAUCAGGCCAAAGAAAACGGAGUGGAGGGCGACUCGGUGGGCAACGGACACGCACACAUUGUCAUAAAGAAAGACGAUGCAGGCAACGAGAGCACUAUUUAAGGUGUCCGAGGAUGGAGACACCAUUGGACGAUGCAAGCGAACCAAACAGAUUUUCCAUUGCCUAAGUACUGCUGCAUCCAUAGUGGACCUGAUGCGGUAAUGGUACAGUGUCAGCACUCUUUGGCCUUCAAGUAGUACACCUUUCUUCUUCUUCUUUUUACCACAAUAUCGUGCUGUAAACAUCAGCUGCAGUUUGUUCACUUCAACGGUCAAAGACUCUUUGCUCAGUUUUUAAUAAGAGCAACAAUCACAUCGUUCCACAUAUACACCGAGACGGGACAUUUUAGAGGCUUCGAGACAGUCGGGUAAACAAAAUGGGAACACGCGGCGCUCACUUCUCAAGAUGUUCCCCGGGGAAACAUUUCAGUGUGAUGUCUGAGGAACCGAAGCACAAAAUACGUCAAAUAUCUGGAGAACGUUUGGCUUUUUUGUGUCCGUGCGUCAUGAAAGUCGAGUUCCACCACUUAACAUUCAAAGUGAUGUAUGUGUACAGUGAAUGUACAAUAGAGUGUGUGUGCAGCAAUGUUUUAAACACGAGUAAAAAUUCAACUAGC